AGACCUCUUGCUGGCCGAGCAGGCAAGGAGGAUUACCGGUUUCUUGGCAGAUAGCCACUAUUACAUAUAGAGAGCAAGAGAAUCCCAUCACAGUCACCUCUGGGUCUUAUUUGGAGCCAGCGGGUUUUCUUCAUUUCGCCAUUUUCCCCUCUUAGCCAGUGCACGCAAUCAGGAAGAAACCAUGUUGCUCUUCUUGGGGUUCAUUAUCCUUGCUUAUCAGGGCCCUUCGUGCAGCUUUGCUGCUGUGACCUACGAUCAGCGACAAACGGGAGAGACUAACGUGCAGAUAGAACUGAAGGAUGUGCAAAUAUUAGCGUUGAUCGAUUCGGAUCUCUUUGACGAUUACACGGAUUACGAUUACGCUUAUGAUUAUGCAGAUUUUACUAUACGGCCUAUCAAUAAACCUACCAAUGCGCCAUCGUCUACGAGCUCAGUGAAACCCUGGUAUACCUGGCCUACUAAUCCGCCGAGUUUAGCAUCCAAUAAUGCAUCUGUCACUGCCUCAUCUACUGAGGAACAACCUAUUCUAAAUGCUACAGUGGCACCACCCACGAGCAAUGCAAAUAUUACUGAAAAUGGAGCAGCGUCUGAUGGUACAGGGAGUACUACAGAGAAAUCGACGUCCUUGCAAAAUUCUACUGAAAAGAUGAAUCCGGUGCAGAUGAGAAUCAAUAAUAAGACUGGAGGUUUAUUUAGCGACGAGGAUAUUAUUGAUGGAGCCAAGAAAUCGACACUUCCGUUAACAUCAGCUCAUGAAACAGAUUCUGAGGGGCAGAAUAGAAGACGUUGUCAACCAGGAUAUUCAAGAGACAAAAAAGGACGCUGCCGUCGGAUUAUACGAAGACGCCUGUCAUUUUUACCAAUGGCAAUGAGACUAGCAAGCAGAAUUGUUCCAACAAAAAAUACUUUGAAUCAGCAGCCCAAAUUCGAUCGUCUACCUCAAGAAUAGUUCACCUUGCAUAAUAAGAUCACCGUGAUCUACGACAGCUAGAUAAAUGUCGUAUAUACGUUUAGACUAAUACCUUUCUUACUAUUCACCAACUGGUCACCCAUUUAUAGAAUUAAAUUACCUUAUUAUGAAAUCUUCCAUGAUUCAUGGUCGCAUGAGACCCAAACUCUGUUAAAAAUAUACUAAGAUAUGUGUACUGCUCAAAGAUCAAAACAACUGAGUGAAGAGUUAGACAUAAGGAAAUAUGAGGAAAGUGCCUCAAGUAAAUAUAAUUAUUAUGAAAUAUACCUUAAAUAUGAUUAUGUAUCAUACUAGUAUUAGAAUAUAUGUAUAGU